CUGCUCCUCCUCUGAUCUGCUUACAGGAGGGCUGCUACAGGGUUGGAGUUAACAAGACUUUCAGUCCUUCUCCAUCAUACACACACACACGCACACAUGGAGUAUUACUUCAUCCUCUUACUGUUCACCUGGACGCUAUUACCAGGGCUCUGUUUCUGCUUCAAUAUUGACGUGAAGAGGGCAAAGGUCAUCCAUGGCUCAGAGGAGGCCCAGUUUGGCUACACGGUGCAGCAGCACCAGGCGGAGGGACAGAAAUGGCUGCUGGUGGGAGCUCCGUUUGAGAGCAGUGGUGAUCACCAGACAGGAGAUGUGUACCGCUGUCCCCUGGACCCCCGCCGUGAGGCCAGCUGCUCCAGGCUCCAUCUGGGGAAUGAAUCUAUGAGCUAUGUGUCAGAGCGGAAGGACAAGAUGAGAAUUGGAAUGUCACUGACAUCCAACCCUGAAGAUCAGAGCUUUGUGGCCUGCGGCCCCCUGUGGUCCUAUGAGUGUGGAAGUGCAUACUACAGCACGGGCAUCUGCUCCAGAGUCAACAGCUCCUUCCAGUUCACCAACAACAUUGCCCCGGCCUUCCAGCGAUGCGAGACGUUCAUGGACAUCGUGAUAGUUCUUGAUGGCUCCAACUCUAUUUAUCCCUGGUACGAGGUGCAGGACUUUCUCAUCAAUGUACUGCAGAAGUUCUGCGUUGGGUCCGGUCAAACACAGGUUGGAAUCGUGCAGUAUGGGCAGCGGGUCGUGCAUGAGUUUGCCCUGGACGACUACGAGUCGGUGGAGGAGGUGGUACAAGCAGCCCAGAACAUCCAGCAGAGAGGCGGAGAGGAGACGCGCACCGCCCUUGGCAUCAGCAGUGCACGGUCUUUGGCCUUUAAGCGUGGCGGGCGAGAGGGAGCCAGAAAAGUGAUGAUUGUGAUUACUGACGGAGAGUCGCAUGACAGUCCUGACCUGCAGAAGGUUGUUGAGGACAGUGAGAAGGACAACAUCACGCUCUACGCCAUUGCUGUGCUGGGUUACUACAACCGUCGGGGCAUCAACCCUGAAGCCUUCCUCAAGGAGAUCAAGUUCAUCGCCACCGACCCUGAUGAACACUUCUUUAGUGUGACUGAUGAGUCAGCCCUCAAGGACAUCGUGGAUGCCCUGGGCGAGAAGAUCUUCAGUCUCGAGGGAACCAACAAAAACAAGACAUCGUUCGAGCUGCAGAUGUCCCAGGCAGGGUUUUCCUCUCACAUAGUGGAGGACGGGGUGCUGGUUGGAGCAGUGGGAGCGUAUGACUGGAAUGGGGCGGUUCUUAAAGAGACGGCUCAUGGGAAAGUGAUCCCUCCCAAGUCCUCCUACAGCUACGAGUUUCCGGAGAGCUUGAAGAACCAUGGAGCCUAUCUUGGUUACACAGUCACGUCAGUGGUAUCAGCUAAACAUGGCCGUUUGUACGUAUCUGGGGCACCACGCUUCAACCACACUGGGAAAGUCAUCAUAUUCACCCUGCAGAAUGAUGGGAACCUUACCAUUCUGCACUCUCUUAAAGGACAGCAGAUUGGGUCAUACUUUGGCAGUGAGAUUGCUCCACUCGACGUCGAUGAGGACCAAGUGACAGACUUCCUGCUGGUGGCGGCACCCAUGUUCUUUAGCGAAGGCUGGGAGAGGGGCAGAGUGCACAUGUACAAAGUCACGGAGGAGACCCGGUUCUUUCUGGUGGGCUCACUGGAGGUGGCCGAGCGAGCCGAGAAUGCACGCUUUGGUUCUGCGCUGGCGUCGGUGCCGGACCUGAACGGGGACGGCUACAGUGAAGUGGUGGUGGGAGCUCCUCUGGAGGACGACCACCGGGGAGCCAUCUACCUCUUCCACGGCCGAGCUCACGGGCUUCACCCCACACACAAACAGAGGAUCGCUGCUGUAGACGUGGACCCAGGCCUGCGUUACUUCGGCUGCAGCAUCCAUGGGAAGAUGGACGCGAGUGGAGAUGGGCUGGUGGAUCUGGCUGUGGGCUCCCUUGGUGCUGUGGUGCUACUGUGGUCCCGCAGUGUCAUCCGUGUGCACCUAAGUGUGAGUUUUGAGCCUUCAAAGAUUAACGUGUUCAACAAAGACUGCCGACGGGCAGGGAAGGACGUGACGUGCAUGGCUGCCAUUGUGUGUGUGAGGGUUACAGCACAGACCCCCAUGCCACCGACUCUGGGAGCAGCUCUGAGGAGGAGUGUGUAUAUAGAUGAGCAUCGAUUCUCCCCCAGGGCAAUGCUGGAUGAUUUAGAGCAUCUCCACUCCAACAUCACUGUGCUCCCGGACAUCCAACACUGCCAACAACUCCACUUCCACGUGCAGGAGACUUCAGAUUAUGUGCGUCCUGUGAUCUUCACUAUGGAGGUAGUCCUGCAGGACCCAGACCAUGGCCCUGUCAUAGAUGAAGACUGGCCAACUACUCUACGAGUGGAGCUGCCCUUCUGGAAUGGAUGUGAAGAGGAUGAACACUGCGUUCCCAACCUCAUCCUGCACAGCCACACUGACCUGCUGGACCUCCAGCAAUUCUGCAGCCAGAGGAAGUGCUCUGGCUGUACGGUGUGUGAGCAGCAGGGGGCGCUACAGGGCGCGGAGCGUGUGAUGGAGGCCACCCGCAGGCGCAUGUUUGUGGAUGCUCGUCUGGAGAACCGCGGGGAGAACGCGUACGGAACCACUCUCAGGAUCUCCUUCAGCCCCAACCUGGCCUUCUCCAGUCUCGUGCUCAAGGGUUCCUCAGACAUCCAGAUCGACUGCUACAGUAAGUCAGACCGAAGCCACCACAAAAUCUGCAAUGUCAGCACGCCCUUCAUGAGGUCACAGAGUCAGGUGUCUUUCCGUGUGGAGUUUGAGCUGAGCAGGUCGGUCUUCCUGGAUUACGUGCAGGUGACUCUGGAAGCCAGCAGUGAGGGAGAGGAGAGGAGUCUGCAGGACAACCUGAACAACCUCUACUAUCCCAUCAAAUACGAGGGCGACCUCCUCUUCACCAGAGACUCAAACCCAACGCGCUUUGAAAUUAAACCUGAACCUUCUGAAACCAGUCCUGGUGCCAUCGGACCGACCUUUAACCUUUCAUACCAGAUCCAGAAUUUGGGGCUGUUCCCGGUGGAGGAGCUGCAGAUUACUGUGGAGAUGUCGGCUGUCACCAGUGGCGGCAACCAGCUCCUGCAUAUCAGCCAUUUCCACAUAGACCAGAUGGCAGGCUCACACUGCAACCCCUCCCGCUCCAUCCCUCCGACACGAGCUUUACCUGAAGACCUGUCUCUCACUCCACAGCUGAACCGCUCCAACAGUGUGGCCCUGUCUGUGCAGUGCAGUGUGACCUUACCUGCCCAGGCCCAAGUCGGCGUGUCCAUCGGAGGAUGGCUUCACCUCCACGCCUUACUGGCUGUGCAGUUCAGGAAGCUGGAGCUGGUUACGACUGCUUCAGUGGAACUCAACCCGGUCAGCCCAACUUUCCUGCAUGAAGCUCGGCCAACACGGCAUAUAAUCCUAGAGAUUAGAAAAGAGGAAGAUUACAGAAUUCCCAUCUGGAUUAUAAUCGGGAGCUCACUGGGAGGCCUGCUGCUUUUAGCUCUGCUUGUCCUGGCGUUAUGGAAGCUUGGCUUCUUUCACCGGCAAAAGCGAAAUAAAGAAGAGGAUGAAAACCAGCUGACCAAUGAGAAGACACCAGAACAGUGAUAACCCCGGUGACUACACACCAGCUGACCAAUGAGAAGACACUAAAACAGCGAUAACCCUGGUGACUACACACCAGCUGACCAAUGAGAAGACACCAGAACAACGGUAACCCUGGCUACCACAUGGGUUUUCUUUGGCUCAGGUAUACAGAUGGGAGACAGUGGACAUGGGUGUGACCUCUGCCUACCACACAGCCAAUUAGCACUUGUUGAACCCUGUUUAUCCAACCACUCAGGCUCCUUACCAUCUUGGCCUUAACCUAGGACACCUUCAAGAGAUGCAGAAGGUCCCGCUAUCCUCAGCUUGUAGCACCUGCCUUAAAGGAGACCCACUCACUUGCAGAACAUUCAAAUUGAGGAGCCUUCGCAUCACAGCCUGCCUCUGGCAGCAGAGCUGUGGGUUGGCCAGUCUUCAAAAUAUAUUUGCCAAUGGUUUGAAAUCACUGCAGAGAACUUGCCAUGUCAGAUGAAUGCCGUUGACAAAGCAGUGUCAAAAGAGUAAUAUGGCAAAUUGCACUUUUAGGUUAUUUAGGUUAUGUGUGGUGAGGAAAACUGUUGGACGAUGGGUGUAGUAGAGUGGACAAAAGGCUCUGUAUGUUUCUGUGUGAGAGGUCAUCUUUUGGCUUCAUAAUAGCAUAACCACCCCACCCCCACUGCACCCAAUGCUCAGACACCACCAGACUACCCAUGAUGCUUCUGCCAGGCCACAUGCACACUCCAGCUCCAGCACUUCACAACCUGAUAUAAAACAUGGGUUUGAAUGGAAUUAUAAUGUAUUGUUAGUUAGUUGUAUACUUUAAUAUAAGCCAUGUUCGAAGUAAGCUGCCAUACCAGACAUUCAAAUACAAGGCUGAGUCACACAAGACUCAGACUUCUUCCAUCGGCCUGAAGGAUCAAGAACUAUGAGGGCUGUAAUGUAACUUGCUUUUAAAAACACUUUGCUGACCUAGCUAAAGUUAACGCACAGUAGCACAGUCCUCGGCUUGGAAUCUGCUAUCUUCUUUGGUUGACUUCAUGUGUAGUGAGUGAGGGGUCACAUAACUGAUUAUUUGUGGAUGAAUUAUCUUUUCAGAAAUGUAUGUUAUAUUGAUGCACUUUUCAAUGUAUAUUAAGACAAACUUGAAGAAUGUAAAUAACUUAUAGUGUUACCCACUAACACAAAAAGGGAAGCACAGUUCACAAUGAGAGGCAUUAUUAUUAAACUGUAAAAACA